CCUUGUAGCUGGUUCACGCGUAUUUGCCAGCAUAACAGGCAGGAGGAGAGAGAGAGAGAGAGAGAGAGAGAGAGAGAGAGAGAGUUGGCACAAGAGUAGGAAAAGAGAGGGAGAGAAAUCAGUGAGUGUCUCCUGGGGAGAAGCACACAGUCAAUAUCCAGGUUUCCAGUAAACAUCUAUGAGCCUCCUCUAUAAAGCUGCUGUGCUGCUGCAUGGACCCACGGAGCAAAGGCAUAAAAAAUCUGCUUCAGUUUCAAUUAAUAAUCAGUUUAGUCAAGGACACACAGUAGAUCUCCAGCACAGAACAGUGGCAAGUGGCACUGACAGCAGCUUGCAAGGAGUUAAGUCUCUCUUUAGAUGCUGAAAAGUGACAAGACAAAGUGACCAGAGAUCAACCAACUGAGCAGAAAAUGACAGCUGCAGCAGCUCAGGAACUCGAUGAGCUAUGUUUCCUGUCGGCGCAGUCCAUGCCCAAUCUGAAAGUAUCUGAACACUUCCAGGUGGUCAAGCUCCUGGGAGAGGGAUCCUACGGAAAGGUCAUGUUGGCUGUACACAGAAAGAGAGGAACUCCUAUGGCUCUGAAGUUCUUCCCUCGUCAGUCUACCACCCUCACCUCUUUCCUGCGUGAAUACAACCUCUCGCUCUCCUACUGUACCCAUCCUUCUCUGACACGGGCUCUUGGCAUCUUCUUUUCCACACCGACCUACUAUGUGUUUGCCCAGCAAGCUGGACUGUACGGUGACCUCUACAGUGUGAUAGUGUCAGAGGUUGGGGUGGAUGAAGAGUGUGUCCAGAGGGUGAUGGCCCAGCUGAGCGGUGCUGUUACACACCUCCACUCCCUGGGCUUUGUCCACCGGGACAUCAAACCAGAGAACAUCUUCCUGUGUGACAGCUCCUGUCGCUGGGUCAAACUCGGCGACUUUGGCCUCACCCGGGCCAUCGGCUCCACCGUUCGAGCCGUGUGGUACGAGUCGCCCUUCUGCACUCCCGAGGUGGAGCCAGCCAAGGAAGCUGAGAAGGAGAUGGAGAGGAGGCUCCGUGAUGGGACUGAAGACGAGAUGGAGGACAUUUGGAUAACAGUGGAGCCCUCUAUUGACAGUUGGGCCCUCGGUGUACUCGUCUACUGCCUACUAACUGGCUGCUUCCCCUGGGAGGAGAGCACCCAUGACGACCGUGGCUACCGUAGAUACAAGGAGUGGUUUAACCGUGAGGCAGAAAAGGAGGUGAAGAUCAGAGAGUGGAGGGGCGAGGAGGACGCUGACAGUUACACAACCAUGGAGGAAAACCAGAGAGACAACCCUCCUCCUUCACAGUUUGAGGGCCUCAGCCCACUGGUGAUGACUCUUUUCAAGGAACUGCUCCACCCUGAGCCCAAACAGCGCGGGAGCCCGGAGGAGAUCCUGAGCUACCUGGGAGGUCCGUGGCUGAUGGAGACGGAAAAGGAGGAGAGGAGGAAAGCAGAGGAGGCUGAGAAGGAGGCCAGAAAAAUAAGAGAGGGAGGAGGGGUGGAGGAGGAGCUGGUGAGGGAGGGAAGAGGGGAGAGAUAAGCUUUGUCUUUGUGAAAUUGUUUCUAGAAAGAUUUUUAAUGAAUGAAACAUUUCUGAGAAAUAAACAUUGUUGCGAUGUAUUUUUGUGUGUAAAUAUAGAUUUUACUCCACUGCAGAUGUACACACUACAAGGUGCUGUAUUUUUCGUAUUUUUAUAAAUAUGUGUAUGAAAGUUAACACUUCCACUGUUACAUAUAUUCCAGUGUGUGUUUGUAUGUAUGUGUGUGUUACUGAGACGAUUCUAUAGAUGAUACAAUGAGUGUUGUGUUGUCUGAAACCUUGACAUGUAUCAUAUAGAUGUAUUAUAAUGCCUUUAAAAUCCAUGUUGGAGAUUGUUGUCUGAAUAAAGUAAACUACUUGUCUUUA